AUGGCAUCAUUAACGAUAAACGUUUCUUUUGACAACAGGUCUGAAUUGUCAGACGAGCUAGCAGACCAAGCAUCCUGCUAUGGAUUACCAUAUGGAAUCUUUGGGCUAGUCUGCUGGACUCUGUUUUUUUACUCCAUCAUUUUAACAUACGCGAAUUGUCCUCUGUGUUCACCAUGUCGGUGGGGUGAACCUUACAAAGAACAAAAAUUGUCUCUGGCGACUUUUGCAACUGUUUUAACAGUAGGACCAGUCGUCUUUACAUGUAUCCGUUGCCGUGGAGAAUGGAUAAUGACACUUAUGACACUUGGACAGCUUACUCCAUGGAGUUUCAAGAUAAUGAAUGAUGGUUUUAGAAGUGACCAAGCGAACCAAGCGACCAACCUAAUUAAAUUUUAUAAAGUUUUUGGUUCGGUUAUGACAGUUUUACUAUCUAUUGCUGGUUGGAUGAAUUUAAUAUGGUUAACUAUUGGACUAUUAAAAACAGAAGAAACAUUUAAACUUUGGAUAUGGUCAAUAUAUACAGCAGCAUUGUUAGCAAUAAUAGCAAUGAUAUUGCUCUGUGUCGCUGAUCGCAAGCGAAGGGGAGAUCAGUGGGAGGGAGAGCGGGGUCUCAUUAUCACGAUGGCAUACCUUGCAACAACUUUAUAUAUGAUAGCAUUACAUAUAAUUCUUGCUCAAAUUUCUGGUAAUUGGGGUGGGAUUGCCCCUACAGGGGCUGGGUUAGGAUCAGCAAUUAUUUUUUGCAUCGGAAAACGUCUGCUAUUUUUAGAUUGGUAA